UAUGGCUUCUUUCAGGAUGACCAGGAUCACUCGCACCCCAUUGUGGGUCAUCCAUCUCGUCCCUCAAGCCGCAAUACAUUUGACAAUGGUGCUUUACAUAAUGAGAAUGGAUUUGUUGAUAGCCUUCGUCCUGGUAGCAAUACUGUAUCUGCAUCUCAAACGUUUGCAUCCGUUUUGGGCUCAUCUCUUUCAAGAAGUAACACUCCUGAUCCACAGCUAGUGGCAAGGGCUCCUAGUCCUUGUCUUCCUCCUGUGGGUGUGAGGGUUAACAAAAGUGACAAGCAAAAAAAUAAUGGUUCCAUCUCCUUCAACAGGACUUCGUCAGGUAUAGUGGAAUCAGAUGAUCUGGUAGCUGCUUUGUCAGGAAUGAGCUUGUCAAAUGUUGGACCCAUAGAUGAAGACAUUAUUGCUCAAUCAAAGCUCCAAAAGGAAAUGGAAGAACACCAGAAUUUUCUCUUUGGAGUUCAAGGUGGCCAAAACCAUGUUAAGCUCUCGAGGGCUUCUGAAAAAUCACUUGGAAAUAUGCUAGGUAAUCCUCAAUUAAUGAGGAAUUCUGGAGGGCUAAGGGAUCCAGGCAAUUCAACUGUGAGGCUGAAUUCUGCAUCAUUUGUUGGCAGUCCAGGUGGCUCCCCUGCUCAUUGUCAAAAUAUUAAUAGUGUAGGUGCAGAUUUUUCAGGCUAUGGACUGAAUGGAUAUUCAAUGGAUCCAGCAUCACCUUCAAUGAUGGGAAAUCAUAUUGGAAUGGGCACCUUUCCUCUUUUUGAAAAUGUUGCAGCUGCAUCCCCUACAGCAUCUCCUGGUAUGGACUCUUGGGCACUGGGAGGGUUUUCUUUGGGACAAAAUUUGAACGGACCAGCCGAGCUACAAAAUCUCAACAAAAUGGGGAUGGCAGCUGCAGCGCUUCAGAUGCCCCUUUCCGAUCCAUUAUAUGCUCAAUAUCUUGCUGGCAAUUUCAGUGAUCCUAUAACAGGCAAUUCAUACCUAGAUUUACUGGCAAUCCAGAAACAGUACCUUGGAGCAUUGUUUCAACCUCAAAAACAGUAUGGCAUGCCCUUUUUGGGUAAAUCUGGUGGUCUGAAUCAUGGUUAUUAUGGAAAUCAUGGUUAUUAUGGAAGUCCUGUGGCGAGUCCUGGUCUUCCUGCUUCCCCUGGUGGACCUGGUAGUCCUCUUAGGCUUGGUGAGCGGAAUAUGCGCUUUCCUUCUGGCAUGAGAAACUUAGCAGGGGGCAUCAUGGGUUCUUGGCAUUCAGAUGCUGGGGGCAAUAUGAGUGACGGCUUUGCAGCCUCGCUUCUGGAAGAAUUCAAGAGCAACAAGACGAAAAGUUAUGAGCUCUCUGAUAUUUCAGGCCAUGUUGUUGACUUCAGUGCCGACCAGUAUGGAAGCCGAUUCAUACAGCAAAAGCUUGAAACUGCCACGACCGAAGAAAAAAACAUGGUUUACGAUGAAAUUAAAGCUCAUGCAUUUUCCUUGAUGACAGAUGUAUUUGGGAAUUAUGUGAUUCAAAAGUUUUUUGAGCAUGGAUCUGCUGCUCAGAGAAGAGAAUUGGCUGAUCAGCUUAAUGGACAUGUAUUGACACUCAGCCUUCAAAUGUAUGGCUGUCGAGUGAUCCAGAAGGCGAUAGAAGUUGUUGAUUUGGAUCAGCAGACUAAAAUGGUUGCAGAGCUUGAUGGUCAUAUAAUGCGCUGUGUUCGUGAUCAAAAUGGGAAUCAUGUUAUUCAGAAAUGCAUUGAGUGUAUCCCGCAGGAUGCAAUUCAAUUUAUUGUCUCAUCCUUCUAUGAUCAAGUUGUGACACUAUCUACCCAUCCAUAUGGUUGUCGUGUCAUACAGAGAGUAUUGGAGCAUUGUGAUGACCCUAAAACUCAGCAGAUCAUGAUGGAUGAGAUUUUGCGGAGUGUCUGCAUGCUGGCACAAGACCAGUAUGGAAACUAUGUUGUUCAGCAUGUGCUGGAGCAUGGAAAGCCUCACGAGCGAACUGCUAUUAUCACUAAAUUAGCCGGACAGAUAGUUCAAAUGAGUCAACAGAAGUUUGCUUCAAAUGUUGUUGAGAAGUGCUUGACCUUUGGUGGUCCAGUUGAACGUCAGAUUCUGGUAAAUGAGAUGCUUGGGACAACUGAUGAAAAUGAGCCCCUUCAGGCUAUGAUGAAAGAUCAGUUUGCUAAUUAUGUUGUACAGAAAGUUUUGGAAACCUGCGACGAUCAGCAAAGGGAAUUGAUCCUCUCGCGAGUAAAGGUUCAUCUCAACGCACUGAAGAAAUACACUUAUGGGAAGCAUAUAGUUGCACGGGUAGAGAAACUUGUUGCUGCCGGAGAAAGGAGAAUUGGGCUUCAGUCGUCUUAUACUUCUUAAGACAGCAAUAAUGAAGGAAGUUGUAUAGCUAACUGAGGCUAGUGUGAGCUCCCUUUUUUCGUCGCUCUAUCUAUUUUAGAGAGUUGCAAGCUGUUUGGAAAUAAAGUAGUUGCUUGUACUCUAAAAACUGUACAUUCUGUAGUUUGAGGUUAUAUAUUAGGCUGAGGCCACUGCAAAUGAGAUAAAAUUAUCUGUAUGUUUUUUAGCAGGUGUAAAGAAAAUGGUAAAGAAAGAAAGCUGUGUAAUGAAAUAUGUUAGCGUGACUGUACAAAUGUCACAAUAUGGAGAGCUGAGUUAUUUAGGAAGAGGAUUUUUCUGUUGUUUAGUUUGGGAUGUUAAGAUUACAUAUAUAUAUAUAUUUCUAAUUUAUGCUUUUGUUUA